AUGUGGGUCGCCCUGAGAUUAGCUCUGCGGCCGUCGACCCGUGCCGCCGUCCCCGGGCUCCGCGCAUAUCACGGGGACGCGGUGGCCACGCUGGGGACCCAGCAGGACUCGGGCUCCGCUGUAUACCAGGAAAAUUAUGAACAGAUGAAAGCACUAGUAAAUCAGCUCCAUGAACGAGCACAGCACAUAAGACUAGGAGGUGGUGAGAAAGCCCGAACCCUUCACAUAUCAAGAGGAAAGCUGUUACCUAGAGAAAGGAUUGACAGACUUAUAGACCCGGGGUCCCCAUUUCUGGAAUUAUCCCAGUUUGCAGGUUACCAGUUAUACGGUAAUGAGGAAGUGCCAGCAGGUGGCAUCAUUACAGGCAUUGGCAGAGUGUCAGGAGUAGAAUGCAUGAUUAUUGCCAAUGAUGCCACUGUUAAAGGAGGUACCUACUACCCAGUGACAGUGAAAAAGCAUUUACGGGCCCAAGAAAUUGCACUGCAAAACAGACUCCCUUGCAUCUACUUGGUUGAUUCAGGAGGAGCAAAUUUACCCCGGCAAGCAGACGUGUUUCCAGAUAGAGAUCAUUUUGGUCGCAUAUUCUAUCAUCAGGCAAUUAUGUCUUCUAAAAAUAUUGCGCAGAUAGCCGUGGUCAUGGGCUCGUGUACGGCAGGAGGUGCCUACGUGCCUGCCAUGGCUGAUGAAAACAUCAUUGUACGCAAGCAGGGCACCAUUUUCUUGGCAGGACCUCCCUUGGUUAAAGCAGCAACUGGAGAAGAAGUAUCAGCUGAGGAUCUUGGAGGUGCUGAUCUACAUUGCAGAAAGUCUGGAGUGAGUGACUACUAUGCUCUGGAUGAUAUUCAUGCUCUUCACUUAACAAGGAAGAUUGUGAGGAAUCUAAAUUACCAGAAGAAAUUAGAUGUUACAGUUGAACCUUCUGAAGACCCUUUAUUUCCUGCUGAUGAAUUAUAUGGAAUAGUCGGUGCUAACCUCAAGAGGAACUUUGAUGUUCGAGAGGUCAUUGCUAGAAUCGUGGAUGGAAGCAGAUUCAAUGAGUUCAAAGCCUUGUAUGGGGACACAUUAGUCACAGGAUUUGCUAGAAUAUUUGGAUACCCAGUUGGUAUCAUUGGAAACAAUGGAGUUCUGUUUUCUGAAUCUGCAAAAAAGGGAGCUCACUUCGUCCAGUUGUGCUGCCAAAGAAAUAUUCCUCUGCUAUUCCUUCAAAACAUUACUGGAUUCAUGGUUGGUAAAGAUUAUGAAGCUGAAGGAAUUGCCAAAGAUGGUGCCAAGAUGGUGGCUGCUGUAGCCUGUGCCAAGGUGCCCAAGUUAACUGUUAUCAUCGGUGGCUCCUAUGGGGCUGGAAACUAUGGGAUGUGUGGCAGAGCGUAUAGUCCAAGAUUUCUUUACAUGUGGCCAAAUGCUCGUAUCUCAGUGAUGGGUGGAGAGCAGGCAGCUAAUGUGUUAGCAACAGUAGCAAAGGACCAGAAAGCUCGGGAAGGGAAACAGUUCUCCAGUGCUGAGGAAACAGCUUUAAAAGAACCCAUCAUUAAGAGGUUUGAAGAGGAAGGAAACCCAUACUAUUCCAGCGCAAGGCUAUGGGAUGAUGGAAUUAUUGAUCCAGCAGAUACCAGACUGGUCCUGGGCCUCAGUCUUAGUGCAGCCCUGAAUGCUCCAAUCCAGAAGACUGACUUUGGCACUUUUAGGAUGUAACUGGAAUGAUGAAUUUUCCAUUGGAAGUAUAUUAAAAGCACAUUGU